AUGGCCAGCAGGGACAUGGAGAACGGCGGGAGAGGCAGCGCCGCCGCCGGUGGGGGUCCUAAGCUCAACGGGAGGGGGGGGUACGAGCCGGUCGGCGGCAGCGGGAGGGCGGUGGGCUACCGAGGAGCGGUGACGGCGCAGAGGUUGUGGACGUCGUGGAUGGUGCCGGCGUUCGUGGUGGCGAAUAUCGUGAUGUUCCUGGUCACCAUGUACGUCAACAACUGCCCCAGGCACGGCAAUUUCUACGGCAAGUGCGUCGCCCGAUUCCUCGGCCGCUUCUCCUUCCAGCCCCUCCGGGAGAACCCCCUCUUCGGCCCCUCCGCCAGAACGUGAGCCCCCCACCUCUCGCUCUCUCUCUCUCUCUCUCUCUCUCUCUCUCCCCCUCCCCCUCUCCUGUUCCGACUUCUCUGUUGCAGGAGGUCACCUCUCUCUCCUUCGUCACUCCAGUUCUCCUGGGAGAAGGAAGUUGACCUCCCUUUCUGUUGUAGCCCUCCAUCUCACUGAGGGAGGUAGAGGGAGGGAAUUACAGGGAAAAGAAUCGAAGAAACCAUUCAGAAUAUGGGAUCAUCGAAGAAACCGUUCUGCGUAAAGUUGAGCAAGAACUGGGGGAGCUGCUUCAUUUAUUUGAUUUGAUUGCCCUUAUUGUCUGGACCGAUGUUCUUCAAGAUGGAGCAAAUAAUUAUCGAAAAAUUAGAAUGAAGAUUAACCCAUCAGAGAUUUUUUUUUUUUAGGAUGCUUGGUGCGUGCUGUACUUCUGGUAGGGAAAUUAGUUCUAGCCCUCUUACCAUCCAUGAAAAAAAAGGGUCCUUUUUUGGGUGCGGAUGAUGGGAUAGAAGGAACUUUAGAAAAAUUUACUCACCCCACCACUUAUUAUUUGUAUUUUAAAAAAAUGAUUUUUGUGUUGAUCAUGCGUUUAUGUCUCUGAAAUCAUAAGGUCAGAUCUUUCUUACCCAUGGAUCAACAUUUCUUGGUGUUUUUUUUCUUUUUUUGGGUGAUUCAGACUUAAGAAGCUGGGUGGUCUUCGCUGGAGUGAAGUUGUUCUUGAUCACCAAGGAUGGAGGCUUGUUUCAUGUAUCUGGCUGCAUGCUGGGCUGAUCCAUAUCGUGGUGAACAUGCUGUGCCUCAUUAUUAUUGGAGUCCGGCUUGAACAGCAGUUUGGAUUCGGUAAGAUCUUCUGGCUUGCCAAGAAUGGUUUUUUUCUUCAUGGGCACCGUGAAUUUACCCCCAAAACAGUAACAUACAGUUGACAUUCUAAAUAUAAGUGCACUCUCUUCCCGAUCAUGGGUGUCUAUAGCUAAGCUCCUGUUUCAACCGUUGACCGAAGGAAUGCAGCCUUUUUACUUCAACCAAUGUGGGAUGAUUAUGGGGUGGACUCCCAUAUUGACUUGCAUGAACUAAGCCAACUCGUUUUCAAUGCGUUUUCGAGUUGGAUUGCCCCCACUGUUUCUAUUUUUAGAUCUAUAAUAAUGCAUGUUUCAUGAAGAUCUUCUCUCUUUUACUAAUUUAUGAACAGCUCGAACAAAGGUUUGACCUUUUUUGACCUCCUGUGCAGUUCGCAUCGGACCGAUAUACCUGCUAUCAGGGUUCGCCGGCAGUGUGCUCUCAUCUCUCUUCAGUAGGUAUUCUGUCUCUGUCGGCGCAUCAGGUGCUCUCUUCGGGCUUCUCGGAGCCAUGCUUUCUGAGCUCAUCACCAACUGGACAAUCUAUUCCAACAAGGUAACUUCUUCAUUUCUGUUGCUUAUAUCUUCGUUAGAUCGAUCUGGGCAUCUUACUCGAACCCAAUUGGAUCAUCCUGAUAAACAGCCACAUAUUUCUGCGAUGAUUAAUUUGGGUUACUAUUCUUGGUAUGAUUGAUCUGAUCGGUUUUGUCAGGCUGCCGCGUUGAUUUCCCUCUUGAUCAUCAUUGUGAUCAACCUGGCGGUGGGGAUUCUUCCUCAAGUGGACAACUUCGCCCAUAUUGGGGGCUUCCUGGCCGGGUUCCUCCUAGGGUUUGUGCUGCUGAUGCGCCCCCAGUUCGGCUGGCUGGAGCGGCACGAUUUUCCCCCAGAAUCUCGGGUCAAAUCCAAGUACAAGGUUUAUCAGUACAUCCUCGGCAUCAUUUCUUUCGGCCUACUGGUAGCCGGGUAAGUUAUCUUCCCUUUCAUCGACUUGUUUCUUUCUCUCUCUAAACCAGUUGAUUCACAUACUAAUUUCAUACUAGUCAGACCCCUAAACCCUGAAUUCCUUGAUCCAUUAUUGAAAGUCAAACGGGUGGGUUUGGAGCUGUAAUCUGAGGAUCCUUGGCGUGUUUGACUUGCAGGUUCACCGUUGGGCUGGUGAUGCUCUACCGGAAAGUCAAUCCGAACGAUCAUUGUAGCUGGUGCCACUACCUCAGCUGCGUACCCACGUCGAAAUGGGAGUGCCCGAGUUACCCUUGA